AUGGUCUCCGCGCGUAAACGUAGGCUUUUCAGGAAGCGAAAAAAGCCGGGAGCAGUCGUUAAGAUCAUGACGGCGCCGUCACCUACUCCAUCGUCUGCGAGACCCAGAAAGGGCUAUGCGGAGGCUUUGAAAGGAGACCGCCCGGUCGAAAGUUCGAAGGGCGAAUUCCCCUCCCUCUCGAACAACCCUCAACUCGGAAACGCCAACCAAUCCUCUAUGUGGGCAACGGCGGGCUCGCGGGCUGUGAGUGGGCAGGUGCCUCGAAACACGUCUACACCACUAUCUUCGCAGGGUCCUCAGGAAGACCUGUACAACUCGACAUCUUCAUCUCGAGGAAAUGGUGGGUUCCGCUUCGGCGCCCAAGGAACAGUGGGCCAGCCUGCGCAAAACUCUGCGACGCCCGCGGAUGACUUUCCACCACUGAAUCGCAACGCAAACGGCGAGAUUGGCGGGGAGCGGGGGGGGCGGUCUCAUGUCGUCUCUGGGUUUCGGGGCUCAAGCCCCCGGUGCCGCACCUUCCAUACCAAACAGCCGGGCUGCGCAACGGACUCGGCGCGGCAGCGCAUUACAGCAAGGCCCAGAGAGACGGAGGACGGAGAGGCUUCCGACGCGCAGGACCCGUUAGCUGGCAUGGCCCCUAUCGACAAGUUUGGAAUCAAGGGCCUACGAACCAUGAUGAACAACAACCCAAGCUACGCUGCGUUGAUGCAUGGCAUGGAUCCCAAUGACCUAGGGCUCAACGUGAACUCGCCAGAGCUCAUCUCCACGCAACAAUACUCGCUGUUCGACGACACACCGCCACGGCCUGUGGUGCCCAGUCACCGGCUGCCUGAGUGCUAUCAGGUCACGAACGUGCAGCCGAUAGAGACCAAGAUUCAAAGUUUCAACGAAGAGACGCUGUUCUGGAUCUUCUAUAGCUGCCCCCAGGAUGUGAAGCAGCAGCUCGCCGCAUUUGAACUGCACUCUCGCAACUGGAGGUGGCACAAGAAGCUGCACAUCUGGCUGACAAAGGACGAAACCAUGACGCCUCAAACGAUCAGUCCUACCCAUGAGCAAGGCUACUACGUCAUCUGGGAUAUCCGCAACUGGCGGAAAGAGCGGAGAGAGUUGACCUUGCAUUACGAGGAUCUGGAGACCUCGUUGGGAAGGCCACCGGCGGCGUAAAUGGCGUUCAGGACAUUGCUAUACCCUCGGACAAGCAGAUGCAGACUCGGAGAAGUCACAUGUGGCCUGGGUUGACAUUUUUUUCGGUUCUCGACGGCAUGGGAGCUGUACUCGUAUCCUCAGGGACUUGGGCGCUGCUUGCUUCAGGGGCGAAGCUGGUAUGGCAGAGGGGGGCAAAGGAUCGCCUGGUUGGUUUUGCAAGUCGUAUUGCUACUGUCGGUACACGAAUGCAUCAUUACCAUGCUGGCCAUUGGCUGGUGACGGAA